AUGCAAUGGGCCAAAGGAGAGGGAGGGAGAAAGAGGUCCCCCUCCGGCCGCGGCAGCAGCGGCGGCGGCAGCCCCCAGCACCCCCCCGCCGGCCCCUCGCAGCCCCGCGUCCCGCACAUCUGUCUCCGCAGCAAGGGGCCCCGCCGGCCUCUCCGCGGCCCGGACUGCGGGGACCGCCGCCGCCGUGCGCCUCCCGCGGCAGCCCGCUCACUCGCCGAUCCGACCCGCGCCGUGCCGCCGGCCGCACCUCCAGAGGCGGGCAGCCCGCCCGGCCCCUCUCCCUCCGCCUCCCGGCAGCCCCCACCUGCCGGCCCGGCCCCGCCGCCGCCGCCGCCCCCGCUCCGCCCCGCGGUGCCGGGCGGCCGCACCUGCUCCCGCAGCGCCGCGCCGCCGGCCCGGCUCGGCCCCCUCCAGGGGACCCGCCGCCGCCGGGGGCGGGACGGCGCCGCGGGGCGGGGAGGAAGGGAGGUGCGGGGCCGGGCUCCGCGCCGCCCCGCGGCCGCGCUCGACCGGCGGGCAGCGCAGCUACAGCUGGCGGGGCUGGAGGCACCGCGGCGGGAGCAGCCAGUGGGGACGAGGAGGGGAGGCCGGAGCGAGGACAGACCUGCCGGGAAGAACCCGCAGUUGAAGGAGCAUUGUGAGAUCCGGAGCGAUGUGAGGUGUACCUGUGUUGCUUCAGUCAGCCUGUAGAAUCAGUACCCACUUAAAAAAAUUAAAUCAUAUCAACACCUUGUGUUGAUUGUAAAACAGA